AUGAAGCCAGGUGAUUUGGAAGCUGAGACUCGGUUUUUUGUUCCUUUCGAGGGCUCUUGAUCCCCGGCUGCUCAGCCUCAUGAGCAUAGUUUCUCCUAAUCUGUCAGGGAGGCCGACGGACCGUCCACCCGAGUACUGCAAAUACCAACAGAGGCUCGGCUGUUUGUCGUCACCCGUCGCCUUUCGUUUCCUUCUUUCCCUUUUUACGCUGUAUCUUUUUCUCCGCUCACUUAUCCUUCUGUACUAAUUAGUCGAGCUAUUAACUUUUCUCCUUCUUAUGCUGGUUUUUUCCUAAGACUUUAUAGAAACGUGUUCUGGCCGCACAAUCUGAUAUUCUCAUGAUAUUCACCAGCCUUUUCAAUUUCUUCUAAGUGUCGCAAUUUUUUCUGAAGCUGCUCCCGCUUUCUCUUAUCCGACCUUUCAUUUGUAGUUUUGAUCCACAAAUUCUCGAAAUUUUUUCAAUCUGUUCUAGCUGUAGUAACGAGCAUGUAAAGAUGACAUUUUUUAUUCCUAACAAAAUUUUGAGAAGAAUAAAAGAUCGAAAAUAGCCCUAGAAUUGUAUACUAUUUGAACUAGCUUCCGUUUUCUAAUUCUUGCCUACGUUCCAUAUCCGAAAUCUUUUCCACGGAAGAUCAUAUCGCUCUGAAUUUAAUCCAAAUAGAUUCGAAAAACCAAAUUCAAUGUCUCCCGGAAAGUAUCUGAGAAUUCUUAUUGCUCUUUGAAUUUACCAAAAUCUUUUCUAAAUUAUUUUUCUCAGGCAUUUUAAUAUCAUAUUCCCUGAAAAUCUCCCACUUUAUUUUUAUUCAUUAUUUUUUCUUACUGCUCUGUGUUAUCUUAUGACUAUUUCUGACCUCUCUGGUCCUUCUUUACUCAGUGAAGACUCUUCUGACCCUCAGUGGGCAGUCAAGAGUGGAUGCCAAUGCGAACGGCGACUCUGUCGGAUCUCGAGGUGAACCCGCGUGUGUAAACAGUUGUUCUUGGCUUGGCGCCUUUUCUUCGAGUUUUGACUGUUUUGCGGUCUUUAUUGAACCAACCGGUCUGAGAAAUCGAAUGGGCAGACCAAUUGGAUUAAUAGAUAAUUAAGUAUUUAUCAAUGAUUUUUCGAUAGUUCUAUUUGAAGUUUUUUUGAGUUGGCACUGCUACAUCUUCAAAGAUGCUCUCAACUUUCAGCUAUUAAUUCGAAUUCGAAUUGCUGGAAAAAAACACAGAAUUGAAAUUUAGAAAACCUUAAUUAUUAAUUUUUAUUAAAAAAACCUUAAUUAUUAAUUAAGGCUUAAUAUGAUAAUGUCGUGAUUUACCACUAUAGACAAAAUCUUCAAGUUUUUUGCUUUCAAUGAGAAAUGAAUUUCGACAUCACAUAACAUUUUGGAAACAGAAAUUGUGUAGAAGAAAAAAAGCUUUUAAUUUAAAAUAAUUCUUUGGAGUUGCAAUGAGAAGCUCUAGGAGGCGGUGUAUCAUAUAACGUAUAUGAAAUAUCUCAAUCCUCAUUUUUCGCAUAUUAACUUUGCUUUUUUCUUAGAAGAGAGAAGAGAGAAAAAAUACGAGUUUAUAUUUUUGAAUUCUCAGCUGUUCAUGUCAUGGGAAAUUGGAUUUUCAAUACCCCAAACGCUGGCCGGUAUUACUAGAAAUGGAAUCUUGCGGCCCUCAUUCUCAUCUUUCCACUGAAUGCGAAGCUCUUUCCCGAUUUGAAAGUAACAGAGUUCCUUUUUUGGAGCAAUCUUAAAAAACUGGAAAAGUUGAAUCCAUCAGAGAGCGUGUUUGUUUGUCGUGGCGCAUGAUGCCUGUACUCAUCUGAGCUCCAGCCACUUCGCUCCGGUCACUCACCACCACGUUUCGUUCCGUUUCGUUACCCCUUCACACCCUCAGGCUCCACUCGAUAUUCGACGCGAUCGACUUCAGAGUCGCCCACUUGACGUGUCCAAAUACCGACACCCUUUUCGAUACUUCGCGACUCUGA